AUGUUCAAGUCAAUCGCUAAGUUUGCGAGACCAAAUUCUUUUUUAUUAAAUUCUCAAAGAUUAAUUCAUAUUAAAACUUUAACAACUCCGAAUGAAAAUGCCCUAAAAUUUCUCUCUACGGAUGGUGAGAUGUUGCAGACUCGUGGCUGCAAGAGUAUCGUUAUUAAGAAUACUGAUGAAAACCUUAUUAAUCAUUCCCAAUUGGCUCAGCAAAUCUUUGUACAAUGUCCCGGAGUGGAAUCUUUGAUGAUAGGUGACGAUUUUCUCACCAUUAAUAAAGAUAGAAUGGUCCACUGGAACAGUAUUGAGCCUGAAAUCGUUGAUUUAUUGACCAAGCAGCUUGCUUCCGGUGAUGAUAUUAUAUCCAAAGAAUUUCAUGCUGUUCAGGAGGAAGAAGGAGAGGGGGGCUACAAGAUAAAUAUGCCCAAAUUUGAACUUACAGAAGAAGAUGAAGAGGUCAGUGAGUUAAUUGAAGAGCUAAUAGACACAAGAAUAAGGCCAGCUAUUUUGGAGGACGGUGGUGACAUCGACUAUCGUGGCUGGGACCCCAAGACGGGUACGGUGUAUUUGAGGUUACAAGGUGCAUGUACCUCGUGCUCAUCCAGUGAAGUGACUUUGAAGUACGGUAUUGAGUCCAUGUUGAAGCAUUACGUCGAUGAGGUCAGAGAAGUCAUCCAAAUUAUGGAUCCUGAACAGGAGAUAGCGUUAAAGGAAUUCGAUAAGCUUGAAAAGAAGCUGGAAUCGAGUAAAACUGUAAACACUGAUGCCUGA